AUGGGGAAACCCCGCAUGAUCAUAUUGAUUCGCCAUGCGCAGUCAGAGGGCAACAAGAACCGCGACAUUCACCAGUUCAUACCAGACCAUCGGGUAAAGCUCACUCAACAUGGCUGGACCCAGGCCGAAGAGGCAGGACGACAGUUGCGCUCUUUACUCAAGCCAGACGAUACCCUCCAGUUCUUCACCUCGCCAUACCGUCGCACACGCGAGACGACCGAGGGCAUCUUGCGCACACUCACCGCCGACGACCCCACGCCGUCUCCCUUUCCCCGCAAUAAGAUUACCGUGUUUGAAGAGCCGCGACUGCGAGAACAGGACUUUGGCAACUUCCAGCCAUGCUCGGCAGAGAUGGAGCGCAUGUGGCAGGAGCGAGCAGACUAUGGUCACUUCUUUUACCGCAUACCCGACGGCGAGAGUGCAGCAGAUGCCUACGAUCGAGUGAGUGGCUUCAAUGAGAGCUUGUGGCGAUCCUUUGGCGACGACAACUUCCCGAGUGUGUGCGUCUUGGUUACUCAUGGCCUGAUGUCGAGGGUGUUCCUCAUGAAAUGGUACCACUGGUCUGUCGAGUACUUUGAAGAUCUCCGCAACGUCAACCACUGCGAAUUCAUCAUCAUGAAGCGGAGCGAGAACAACGGCCGAUACAUCCUGCAGAACGAGCUUCGGACGUGGUCAGAACUGAGGAAACGCGCUGCAAAGGAAAAGGAAGACACUAAGAGUGCUACCACGACCACGCCGAGCAGACAAACACCACUGAGUGCUGGAGGUCAAACAGGAGCCACUUCCUCGCCCACCAUUCCCAUACGUCGUUGGGGAGGCUGUGUGAAUGGUUGCAACCACGACAAGAUAAACUACCCCCGCCGUCCGAUGCGCAAGAACACAAUGGAGUACCUUGGAAGCAACCAGCAGUUACCUCCACCCGCUGUCGCUCACAUGGAAACACUAGGCAGCGAACAGGAAGAUCAUCCCGUUGCAUCCCAAGAGGCUGACCACGCUCCCAUCAUCAACGAACCCUCGCCCGCGAAGCUGUCGCGCAAGCAGAGUACCAAGGGCAACCCCAUUCCAGCAAUGCCACCGACCCCAGCAUCACCGAAUGACGCCUCCAAUGACGCCACAAGUAGCGAGGAAGACCAAGCAACCACCUCCGUGACCCGGUCGAAUAACCACGCCCAGCCAAGAACGGCUGCCGUGUUGCGUCAUCUACAACCGCCCCACAGCAUUGCUGGUGAGGGCUUCUCCGACGAUUCCGACUACUUCCCGGGUAUGCAACACCUCCACCACAACACCAACCACCGCAAGUUCCUCCGCGCAAGCUCAACCCAACGCAAACAUUCAAAGGACCGCAAGCUGCAGCGAAAACAAGCCGAGCAGGGUUGGAUCGAAGAAUCAGGCAUGGGAAAUGGCGCAAAGACCGAUCGCCUCGGUGACGGCGAUGCAACCAGCGACGAUGCUGCCUUUGCGAAAGAAAAGGAAGGAGAGCCCAUUUUACAAGAAGCGCUCAAAGGCAACAUGGUUGUUGAGAAGAGCGAAGACAGGGAUGUGAGCGAUGAUGCUGAUGCCGAGAAGAAGAUUGGUGAGACGGAGAUUGAUAGGAUGCAGGAUGCGGAGAGAAAGGGCUUUGGUGAGGUUUAUUAGAUGUUGGUUAGAAAUGGGUUAGAAUAUGGUAUAGACAUGAAGAUAUGAUGUUGUAUUACGAGAUGACUGUUCGUCUUGUUUCA